GCCAGCUCGAAUGACCGGGGAUGGGUCGAGUGCCUUGAAAUUCUCAGGGAUAACACAGUAUAUUAUCCCCGUAUCACCGAGAGUGUACAUAUAAAUGUCGAGGACUGCCAAGUGGAUGAAGCGCUAACACAGCGGCACUUAAAACCCCUCACUCCUGAUUUCCGGCCAUACCGUACGGCUAGAAUACACAAAUAUAUCAUCAUGCAACUGUUCGUGUUGAAACUAGAGGAUGAAAGAACCCUCACAGGCCGCUCCUUCAUUCCCACGCAGCCUCGAACAUCAGGAACAUCUCGGCUGAUACCCCUUAUCGUCUGUAUACAUGGAGCAAGCUAUGAUUCCGAGUAUUUCGACAUCGACUCUCAGUAUUCCAUAUUCACGCUCGGAGAGACUCUUCAGAUACCCGUCGUUGCGAUCGAUAGACCAGGAUAUGGUGGUAGCACGGCCUACCCCGAUCCAAAAGUCAAGAAUGAAGAUCUCGAAAGACGAUACACUACAUUCGUCCAGGAACAAGGUAAAUACCUCAACUCGACUAUUCUACCAUUGUGGAAAGAAUUUGGAUCCAGUGCAUCCAGUAUGGUGGUACUGGCACAUUCGAUAGGGGGAAUGAUGGCCAUCGUGGCUGCUGCAGAACCGAAAAGUUAUCCUCUGGCAGGGCUGGCCGUGUCUGGAAUCGGCUGCAAGAGCCACAUGCAUGAGUCGCCAAAUCCAAGUCACAGAAAUGAGGGGGAUAGCCAUGGAAGCCGUGACAGCGACCAAGCAGACGAGCAACAAACGCAUAUUCGUUUCAAUCCUAAUGUGAAGGAUAGAUUGAUGCUUAACUUUCCGCCCAAAGCAAAUGAAGUACUGCUUGUCGACCCGAAAGUCUCCUCGCACACAGAGGCCCUUAACAAGCCGGUUCCCCUGGGUGAGCUAUAUGAUGUCUGCACAAUGUGGCAGAGCUACUGGCAUUUGUAUGCCGAGCGGGUUACUGUGCCUUUUCUAUAUGCGAUAGGUGACCAUGAUGGCUUUUGGGACUCUUCGGAAGAAUGCACCAUGCAAUUCACCGAAAUAUUCCGGACAAAGAGUCCUAAGGUUGAGAGUGUGAUUAUACCACUGGCGCCUCACUGUAUGGAGAUGAGCCUGCAGGGUACGGCGUGGCUGUUACGCUGUCUGGGAUUCGCGAUUGAAUGUAUUAUGGGCCAACGUAAGAAACAUUGAUGUGUGUUUUGGGGCUACUAGAAGAUAGUAUGGAUCUAUAACUGCAAUCCCG